AUGUAUCAGGGAUUCUCCGAAGUAGGACACACUAUCCCUUAUCUUGAGGUCGAAAACAUGGCCGACCCGGACGACGCCAACUCAUGGACAUGCCCCGCUUGUCGCCUCCCGAUAUUCUCCACCCCUUUCGUCGUAGAUGAAUCGGGGAGCAGCAAUCUCCUGCUUCACGAUCAAUGCUCCGACCAAUCUCUCCCUCCCCAACUCGCGGGCCCUCCCCUGCACCCGAGGGCCCCCUCAUCCUCCGACACCACCGCCCGGAAGAAGAUGACGAUGCGGGAUAUGAUUGCAAAAGAUGUUGGUGGACUUGCGGGAGCAAAUUUUACGAGUGCCCGAUGGGUGAUGAUCGAGAGUGUGGGUUCAGGCUCAAUCUCCCGUGUGCCUUGUCGAACACAGAGCCACGGGCACAGGUUGACGUCUAUUAAGGAGCCUGCGUGGGCUAUUCCGUCUCUCUUAUUCAUCUGCAGAGCGUGCGAGAAACAACACGCACCGGUUGAUGCGCAUACUGUGCGCUUCUUCCGAAUGCCAUUGUCGACACAGCAUGUCACGAGCACCCUCUUCUCCUUCGAUUUUCUAUUAAUACACCCGAUUGAUGGUGCAACAUUUGCACCCGCGAAAUCACGACUUUCGGGUUCUACACCUGUGUCACUUGUCGUUAUUAUGUUCAUAUCCACUGUUCUGUUAACUCGACACGUCAAAGGUUCCAUCCCGUGUUGGUUCGUGAAGCAGAGUUCCCAAAGUCUACUUCGUCUGCUGAUGGAAAACGAGCAUGCUAGCGCGAUGCCGCGUAUUAUAAAAACCAGGACACCCGGUUUCCACACACACGCACAUUAUUCUCUUGGCAAUAUUACGCGUUACGAUCAUCCAUUUCGUUCUAUCGAUUCAUUAGAAACUAUCAGAGUACACGAGCAUCCCUUGAUCUAUCAUCACCAUGCUCACAAUGACAAUAUUCGUGUUUGCAAUGCCUGUGCUCAAAUUAUCCUUCCACCCGAUCCAUUUUACAGUUGCGCAGAUAAUAAUACGUGCAAAGAUUUUUUCCUGCACAACUGUUGUUCCAGUUUUCCAAAAACUUUUUCGUCCUUCCACACCGGUUACUGUUCAUUUAUACCAAAGGUAGCCACGAAGUCCUUCACCAUAUUCGAGUGUGUGGUUUGCAAGCACAAAUGCAAUGGAUCCGCUUACUAUAUCCAUAGAAGAGAGGAAAAGUAUAUGGAUGUGGUGUGUGCCUUAAUGCCUCACUUAAUCACGCACGGUGCCCACGGGAAGGCCCACAUUCUUCAAGGGAGGUGGGAAAUCGGCGAGUUCUACGAAUAUCUUAUGAGCUUAACGUGUACAUGCUGCCUCGAAAAAGUCAAUGAAUAUUCCAUGACUUCAUAUGCGUGUAGCAACUGUCGUAGCUUCUCCAUCCACCCGCACUGCGCUCUUCUCCAAACACGGUCACCCAAAAAUUCGACCGACACCCUUUGA